AUGCGGUGGAUCCCGGUUCUGUGUUAUCUGGCUGUGAAGGCAGGGCAGGUGUUUGCUCAAGGCGUGACCGACGAUGACGAGCCGCCGCCGUUUAUUCCGAAGACGAACUUGGACUUUGGCGGCUCGAUCAUCUCGACCGAGCCCAGCCUGCAGGGUACCGUGGUGGUUGUGACGACGUCGGCGGGGACGCCAGUGACGCUGUCCGUGAGCGGGUCAGCCUUUGUCCCGACGUAUACGGAGACGGCCGGGCCCGAUACACCGGCGGCUUUGCAGAGCACCUCGACCUUGGCACCCAGCACCUCGACCUUGGCACCCAGCACCUCGAGCCAGACUCCCAGCGCAGGCACGGUUUUGGAUGUGGAUGCGACGCCCUCGAGCGCACGGCCCGUGGAUCUAGUAAGCUCGGCGGCUAGCGACGACGCGCCGCCGUUCAUCUCGAAAACAAACUCUGAUUUUGGGGGCUCGAUCAUCACGACGGUCUCGUCGCUACAGGGUACGCUCGUGACCGACACGGCGGUGCGGCCUAGCGUGCCGACCACUGCCGAGGCGGCCAGCUCCAGCACACAGGCAUCUUCUUCAGCCGUGAGCACGCCGACCACUACUUCGGCAGCCAUGUCCAGUACAGAGGCAUCCUCCUCGACCGUGAGCGCACCGACCGCCGGUACAUCUGUUGCUCCGAGCUCGUCAACCACUUCGUCGACAUCUGGCGCAGCAGCGUCCACAGCGAGCUCCACUACUUCUAGCACGACCGUCAAGCCUACCGUUGGAACUAUCUCGCAAGAGCCCGGCGCUACCGGAUCUGCGCCAGGGCCGUCGGUGCCCGAUGAGACGAGCACCAGUGCUCCGGUCGUCCUACCGCCCUCUUCCGCCUUUCCGCGGCCGCCACCAGUAGUGACUGGGGAGCAUCCAUCUGUGAAACCCUCUCCGGUCCUCUCUAAAUCUACUUUUAGCCGCACCACGCUACAAGGAUUGAUCCGGACAUCAGUGAUAUAUACCACACAGGUUACCACCUUUGUGGAUGUACACACGACUAAUUCAGGUGGCGAAGCUCAGUGUGUCACUGUUACAUCCGUAACCUCCGUGGUAUACCCGGUGAGUACAUGGUUUGGUCCUUGGGGGCCACAGCCAAGUGUGCAGCCGACGGAGGCGCCUUCUGCUUCCGCCAGUGCGUACCCUUGCUCUACCACACGCGCGGUUGUAUCCACGCUGACAGUUGAUAAGAUGGAAGUCGUGCCAAUUGAAACGAGUGCGAUCGUCUCAGCACGUACCAUCAAGGGCUAUGUUACUCAGACGAUAACCAGCACAGUCGAGCGCACCGAGUACUACACGCACGACGUCUACAUCAAAAAGACAACUGCUCAACCACUUUCUUCAACUCUAGUGGUGGGAGGGGUGAAAUACACUACGGAGACACUUGCAGGUUCGACCGUUAAAUCAGUAGUGACUGAAGAGGCCCGUCCUGGCUACUCGAUGGUUUUGACAGCCACCUCCAUUCUUGAGCAAGAAUACUUGACGACGAUCACAACGCGGCCUUUGAGUACCACAACAAUGUCACAUUCUGGCCGGUACUUAAACUCUACAGAUCCUACGACCGUGGUGAUAUACGAGCCAUGUUGGAUUGUUACCACUGCCACCAGCACUAAGACAGAGCUGUCUGAGUAUACCACCUUUGUACCCCCACAGACGACGGUCAUAAAUACCGCUAUCACCUCAAUUGACCCUGUGGUUGUUACCAGGCCACUGUAUCCGGCCACGGAGAUCAUCUGGGUGGGCUGCGAAAAGCAGUGUGUGGACUACCUGACAACCUCUGUUGCAACAUUGGUCCACGUUGAACGCAAGACGACUGAGGUAGUUUCGCUCGGUGAUUUGGUUGAAUACGGUACAGUCAGUUUAUCCACUAAAUAUAGCACAUUCUCGGGCAUCACAACCAGCUUGGUAACCAUUGGCACUACCGUGGAAGCUGCUGUCUGCGGUGGAGUGGCGGACCAGCGGCCCACUGCCGAAUCCCAGUUACAGCCCACAGCUGUGAUCCCAUCGACCGUUUCUCCUCCUCCUGUCGAAGCGGCGGGAACAGUAGUUUCUCCCAGUGUUGGUGUACAGUAUUCGACAGCCUCUAAUGCGGGCACAACAUUGUCUUCAGCCAGCCUCACGAUAAUGGCCAGUUCCAAUGCAGGCACAACAUUGGCUUUGACCAGCCUCACAACCAAGACCAGUUCUGAGGGCGCUAUUGAAGGAGUUCCUAGCACGUUUGUCUCCGGUACUCAACUGUCACAAGGAGGAGAGACGCCUUUAUUCAUUCCCAGCUCAGGCGUACCUACGACAGCCUACAGUACGCGGGCGCACAGCACCGCGCCAAGAUACGUUAACAGCACUGCCAUAACUGGUUUUACCACUUCGAGUGCCGUAACCACCGCGUUGCACCCACCAUUUGUGAACCACACUAGCCAGUCGCCCGCUCUCAUUAAUAUUUCAAUUUCAACCUACAUACCAAGUGAGGGUUCGGCGUCUAGCUCUUUUGGGAUUAAAGCUCCUCUUUUCCACCUCAAUGUGCAAACUAUUACUGCUUUGUUAACCGCGUUCCUCGUCAUCGUGUCGCUAUAG